AUGUCGUGGAAGCUGGGACCGGAGCUCGCCUCCACCAUAAAACACUUCAGUGCCUUCCCAGCGACUGGCGUGAGCCUGCGGCAGAUGGUGCAGUUCGGCUCGAAUCCAUCCACUGGCACACUAUUCCGAGCGUCGCAGUUCUUGUCAGAAGAGCUGCCCAUACGGCUGGCUCACAGGGUACAAGAGCUUGGGGAGCUUCCAGAUGGCUUGAACGAGAUGCCUAGUAUACAGCGGGUGCGGGACUGGUAUGCACAGUCGUUCGAGGAGAUCACCGAGCUCCAGAAGCCCAGCCUGUCGAGCGAGGUUAGAGAACGACUUAUGAAACCUGCAAAGGACAAUGGACGAAGAUCUCGCGUGCUGUCGGAAACCCACUCGAACCCCAGUGUCAAGCCCGGGCAGUACAAGUCUGGCGGCCACCAAGACAAAGACAACGAGAAAGCAGCAGCAGCAAAAGCGCGAAGAUACUAUGCAGCAACCGAAGACGGCAAUGGAGACUGGCCUCCGGAGCUCAAUGACUACAACACUAAAUUCUCAAAUACGCUGGAUAAGAUCAAGCGGCGGCACGACGGUGUAGUGACGACGAUUGCGCAAGGUAUUCUCGAGUACAAGCGCAAACGACAACGCAUGCAGAUCGACAACAGCAUACAAGCGUUCCUGGAUAGAUUCUACAUGUCACGAAUAGGCAUCCGGAUGUUGAUCGGACAGCAUGUUGCUCUGACGGACCAACGGACACAAUCAGACCCAAACUACGUCGGCAUCAUCUGCACCAAAACGAAUGUGCGAGAUCUGGCGCAAGAAGCGAUCGAGAACGCACGAUUCGUGUGUGAAGACCACUACGGCCUCUUUGAUGCGCCCAAAGUACGACUAGUCUGCGACCCAAACCUGGAGUUCAUGUACGUGCCCGGCCAUCUCUCGCACAUGCUGUUCGAGACGCUCAAGAACAGCUUACGAGCUGUGGUUGAGACGCACGGGCAGGAUAAAGAGGAGUUCCCGACCACGGACGUGAUUGUGAGUGAAGGGAGGGAAGAUAUCACAAUAAAAGUGAGCGAUGAGGGAGGCGGGAUCCCGCGGAGCAGCAUACCUCUGGUCUGGACGUACAUGUACACCACCGUCGACCAGACGCCGAAUCUGGAUCCUGAUUUCAAUAAGAGUGAUUUCAAGGCGCCGAUGGCUGGGUUCGGGUAUGGACUUCCGAUAUCGAGGUUGUAUGCGAGAUAUUUCGGUGGGGACUUGAAGAUGAUCAGUAUGGAGGGGUACGGCACAGACGUCUACCUCCACCUUAACCGCCUCUCCUCCUCCUCGGAGCCGCUCCAAUGA